CGCUUGAACUCUGAUUUCGAAUCGCGGAAGUGGCUCACUCUGAUUCUUCCCUUGCAGGCAAUUCUGCUAAGUUAUCAUAGGCCGUCUGCUUGCAUACACUGUAAGUUGGAAGCUUGCUUCGUAAGCCGUUCUAUUCUCCCCAAUGGCGAGAGCAUAUGUUCCAGUGAUAUGUGUCGUCCUUCUGCAACUGGUGAUGGUGUCCUAUGCUGCAGCGGCCGAUAGCAAGACCUUCACCAUCAUGAACUAUUUACCGAAGGAUGAUUUCAUCAUCAUCCGCUGCGAUUGCCUGGACUCCAAUGAUAUUGUCACCGUGCUCAGCGACACCAUCGGUGAGUGUGAAGACAAGGAGUUCCAAGCUAGCACCUGCCCCAACGGUGCGUCGGCCAAGGGCUUCUUCUGCAAGUUCCUGUACUACAGACGAUCGGGCGUGACUAUCAAACAGCAAUACACAAAUAUCAAGGUCUGGGCAAGCACAGGGCCUGCCAGCACUUACUUCAAGCUCGACACCAAUGGUGUCUAUGGAUCGACCCAGUCUGAGAAUGUCGGAGCCGCCGCGAACAUUCUUAGUGGCUGGGUCGACAAGUCGUGGGUCGUCAAGGAUAAUUCUCUUGGAAAUGGACAGUCUUUCUGAUAAACUCAGAUAGCGUUUCCCAAUCCCCAGCGAAAAGACUGCUAGACUUAGUCGAGAUUGCGAGUGUUUGUACUGCUACUUGUACGUUCAGUAUCUAUAUGAGCUUUCUGAGCGGCGUUGGUGAAUCCAACAUAUAAUGUUUCGAUUGAUCUCCAGUAAACGCAUGAAUUUGGAUAC